AUGAAUAACAUGAUCUCUGAAUUAGCAGGGGAAAAAGCAAGUAAGUACAACUUCAAAAUAUCUCAAAGAUUAUAUGAUAAUGCAUGUUUUUAUGUACAGCAACAGAUUCAAACCAAAAAGUACUGAUCAGGCUUCAGGAGCAGUGGAAGAACUCAGGCAAUGAAAACAACCCGUAGAAGUUGUUUAGGAAUUUAAGCCGGAUGAUGUCAAACUGACUGAUGUAGGAACAUUUGGAUGCACAUAUUCUGUGUUUUAUACCAAGGACUAGGAAGUGUCAAGGGAUGUGAAGAAUUCACACACUGGUUCUUUGAGGCUUUUUAGCAGAGACUACAAGAUGACCUUUUUGGUCUCUUAAAAUUUGAGCUUCAAGCUUAUUAGUACGGUGUUAGUGAUGUGUGUUAAUCAGUAAAAAUUUUUGUUCUGCAGAGGACUUUGUCCAGGAUGUAGUGGGCAAGGCUAUGGGAGGAGGAGGAGAUAAGAACGCAGAAGGGGAGGAAAAGAAAGAUGGAGGACUCGGUGGACUCAUCAGUUCAGUCACUGGAAAAAAAGAUGAUGGAGGAGGAUUUGGUUUAGAUAAUGUGGCUGGUCUUAUUGGUGGUGGUGGUUCCAAAGGAGGCGAAGGAGGAUUUGGUUUAGACAAUGUGGCUGGUCUUAUUGGUGGUAAUGAUUCCAAAGGAGACGCAGGUGGAGGUGAGUUCUUCAUUUAUAUAUUCUUCACACUUAUACACUUAUACACACACACGCACACACGCACGCACGCACCUGAAAACCUGUUGAGCACAACUCUUCUGGUUGAGUGUUAUCUGAAGCUGUGGUUAGCUUUCAUCACUGUAGUUAGGUUCAAGUUGCUAAGAGCAUCAGAAGUCUCCAGACACAUUCCCACAAUCACCUGUUUAUCAUGGCAGAGGUCAAUGUGGCUGAAGGUUAAUGAACUUGUAGCAAUGGUUUAUGUUUUCUUUGUUGUAUUAAUAAUGUUUUCAUGUUUCUUGUCAGCUGUCGGUGACCUAAUUGGAGGAUUCCUUUCCAAGUAAACAUCUGUUGGAAUACAAGAAGCUCCUGGAAAGUCCCCCUGCUUCCUUCUACCAAACAUCAAUCUACAGGAAAAUGUCUCUGGAAAAUAAAAUCAUUUAAGAUGAUGAAAGCUCUUCAAAAUUCCUUUUGCCUGGUGACCAUCAAUUUUACCCAUCAAAAAUGGAUGUUUUUUUUUUUUCUGUACUGCUAGCAGCAGAAGGAUCUACUGAUGACCUCCAAACAAUCCAAUUAUUAUUUUUUUCUGAUGAAAUCUCUUUUAUUUGGACAGAAAAAAAAGUUCUUGGGUUAUUCUUGAAAAGAAACUGUCAGAUAAAAAGCUUUUUUUUUCCUUUGGUGAAAAUUGUUUAUGAUAAAUGAUGGUAACAAUAUGCUUAAUAAACUAUUUACACUUGUAUGGUUUCGUAUUCUUCCUUAAUUUUUUCCAUGUCAUACUCAGGAUGAAUCUCAGGCUCUGGUUUGAUGGAUAGAGGAUAAAACAACAUUAAGAAGAGGGAAUUUUUCUUAGUGAUCUCAACAAACUUCAGUCAAAUCCUAGUUGACUUUAGUUCGAUCGUUUUUCAAAGUUAUAGGUUAUUUUAAAUAUGCCUUAUCAAAGCCACAGAGAAUUAUCUUGUUAACCUCUUGUGAAAUUAAUUAUAAUGAUUUGACUGACAAAAAUAUUCCCACAGCUGAGGAAUAUGAAGGAAUAAAAGCAUCACUGUGACUGACAAGACAUUUAGCUCAUUUUUCAUGUAGCCUCUAUUUUAAACACAAAGAAUCUGAUGUUAAAACUAAACAUCUAGAUAGGGUUCAUAAAAUAAAGGCUUUUUAAGUCUAUAUUAUAGGAUUGGUGCAAUUUUUUAGGCCAACUAAAUAGUAUAUUAAAAGUAAGGAGUGUAUAAUCACCUAAAAAGGGGAUGUGUUUGACUUCUCUGAUGGUCUCUUAUACCUGACAGGGGCACAGGUCUUUUUUGGAUGAUUUGUAUACAGGCUGUGUUAUUAAUAACCUCUAUUUGACUGUUGCAUUGCAAAACAAACAUAUGGGCUGAAGGCUGGUGAUACUAGCUCGGCUAUUGUUUGUCACACUUAAACUUAUUUCCAAGUACACUCAUUUCUCAUACCCCAGUUUCCCCUCUUAAUGUUUUCUGAGGGGAUUUGUUUAAUCACACUGGUCUGAAUUAGUCCAGAUUUCUUCAGUACACCCCUCGUUACAUAUCUUACAAAAAGUCAAUCAAUAAUAACUAAAUAGUCACAAAGCAAACAAAGAAAAAUCACUCCAUUAUAUGAGAAAGUUUACCAACUCUUCUUGGUGCCACUUCUUAUUUGUAGGUACUUUAAUAUCAUGAGUAUGAGUUGUUCGGUUUUUCAGUUCCUCUAAACAAACGAUGUUGACACACACUUGUUGUUUUCAAAAAUAGAAAAGGGUUGAUUAAAUCAUGAAUGUAUCAUUGAAUUUUUACAAUUUUCCAUUUGUAUCAAUUUAUUUUGAUUGAAGCAGUUCACAUUAGCAUGAUGAAUGGUAAACAGGGUCAGUAAGCCAGCGUUAGUGCAGAAUCACUAUUCGAAACCAUAUUCAACAUUAACGUUUCUCUGAAGCUGAAGGCCACUGUCACUUCUUCUUUCAAAGAGGAGGAAGAAUGGAGAGGUUGACUGACAGCUCCAGCAACCUCACCACUUGAUGCCGCCAAAUCCUUAACAUUACCACUUUGACACUUUCUAAUAUGAUGCAACACCACAAUCUACCUCACCCUCAAUGCCAAACAUCUUUAAGUUGUAUGCACUUGCGCUGAAAGUGUAAACAAGACCUGAAGAUUUCUAGAAGGCAAUAACUCAGUAUUCAUGGCAGAGCUGUUCAGUCUAUUGACUUUGCACUUGAAGCCAGUGAAACAGAUUCUAAGUCUAUUUUGGUUUGGUAAAAGCUGAUCAGAUUGGGACAUAUGUGUCACAUGUUUUACAAUGAGUCUUGUGUUCAUAGUAUUAUGUUGAGUCAUCCUGUUUCUUUCUCACAGACAGGCAGGUGAAAAAAUGUCACACACACAGAGAGAAUUAUUCUUAUUGUCUAGCUCCACAAACCUGCCCUGCAGUGUCACAAACAACUGCAGUCAAGAAUAGAGCACUUCAACUUCACUUCAAUUUACCACAAGAAAUCCAAAGUUUCAAAGUUAGUGAGUACGAUGCUGUGACGUCUGAGUUGAGCUUGAUUCUGCCCCUGAUUGAGGUAAGCGCAGGGCAGGUGGAACAGGUUGGUCCGGUCUGAGGACACACCCGAUUCCACUGUGGCCAACGAGGAGAGGCCUGAGGGGCGUCGACUGAAAGAGGGACGAGAACAGCUUCGGUCUCACCCCCACCAUCCAGGAAACACACAGAAAACUAUUUUUCUGACACAUACCAGGCAGAAAGAACCCCAAACCAGAAGGACUGAAAGUCACAUCAACAACAAUGGACAAAAUAGCAGGCCUUAUUGGAGAAAAAGUUGGUGAGUACAAAAAAUGAUGAAGGAAGAUACAGGUCACUGAUUUGUUUUUUCCGAAUCCUUAUUUGCAUUGUUUACAAUACCCUGUUGUCAGAUGGAAACCCUGUAGUUCUUACAUGUCUUGGUCUGGGGACAAACUAAUUUGGUGAGUUAGAAAAUGUGUUUAAGUGCAGAAAUUUAGGGGGUUUUGUGAGUUUAGAGGAAGUAGAUACAAAAAGUGAAGUUCAGGAUUAGGACUGAGAUGUGAUCAGCUGCUUGAUGUAGAGUUUAAUACUGUAUUGUUCUUAUUUUCAAUUGAAAUGACUGUGCUAAUAAUGUUGACACUACCAUUACAUUACUCUUUUAGUUUGUUAGCUGAAACAGUUCUGUGUACUUUUAAAUCUGGUUAAUUGCAAGAAGUGCUAAUUUUUUAGGGUUAAAGUAGAACAGUCAAGAGUGAAACUUUACAAACCUACAAUAACAUACCAUUUUAUUACACAUUUGAUAUUAAGAGCCAUUCAAUACAUUGAUAAAAUAUGCCAACCCUGGCAUGAGUGGGUACCCACGUCAUCCUGUUGAGUGUGGGUGUGGUUUCCAUCUUUUCAAACAUUAAUCCCCAGUCAGCAUUUUCUCAUUGAAAAAACAUCUACAUUUUGAGAAAUAAUGACUUUUGAUAGAAAGCUGUUUUUAAGUGGUAUUGUGUAUGUUUUGUGCUUCUGCCUGGUUUUCAUCUCACACCCUUCUUAUGCACACCCAAGGCUUUCACAUGGGGCCAACUGGUCUCUAUCAUCUGUCCUGUCCAGAGUUUCUGCAUGUGUGUCAUAGUCAGAGCCGCCCAGUCUGUGACAGUGCAGGCACAGUUUCCCUUUUUCUCUCUCUCUCUGAGAAAAGUACAUGACAUGAUAUGAGGCGAUAUCAUACAACACAACAAAUAGUUUGAUAGGACUUGUGCAAGCUGUUUUUUUUGUUUUUUGUUUUUUUUUUAACAUGGCCAUUGAGCAAAAUUUACCACUUUUACCACUAGAAGCAAUGUGCUGUCUAUGGAUUAGCUUUGGCUUCCAAAAGUAAGUCAGCUUAACUAAAUUGGUGGCAAAUUGCACAAAUUUGAAAGCCAUAGUUUUCAUCUGUAGGUGAGUAACAUGCUAUAGCUAAAAUGUUUUUUGUUUUUUUUAACAUAGCCAUUGAGCAAAAUUUUACCACUUUUACUAAUACCACUUUCUCAUGUAUCCUCAUUCUCUCUAUAAUAUGGCACUACUUUAGAAGGUGCAGGGACAGACUCCACGAAGGAUCAGUGAGUGGACUCUGGGAAGCAAGAACUUCAUGUAACAAUGGUUGCAUUUUGCAUUAGUAAUUAGCAGUUUACAGAAAUAACCUAUCAGCAGACUCAAAAGAAAUUAUCCUUAGCAUGAGAAUGUGCCUAAUGUUAUUUGGUGGCUUUUAUUGUAGAUAUCUUUUUAUUUUUGAACUGAUUUUUACAAUCUCAUUAGUUUCCUCCUUGUAAUCAUAAUUCACCUCAGUAUCAGAAAAGUAAAAUAAAAUGAACUUGCAUUUUUCCAGACUGGAAAGAGGUUCAACAUUUACAGUAACACAGUUUGUGAAGUUAUAUAUUUUUUUUGCAUUUAGGUAUCAUGCAUUAUAAAUCAUACCUUUUAUAAGGCAUUAUGCUCACUGCCAAAAACAUGUUACAAACAUUGUUGUAAAAUGUUACGAAUGCUUAUUGUCACUCAUAACGGUUGUUAUAAAGCCAUAUUCAUGCAUUAAUAAUGCUUUAUUGAUGUGCUUAUGAUGGGUUCAUAUGAAGUGUUACCAGAUUUUUGGUGAUUUGUGUUUCUUGAACAAAGCAGUGACACCUGCACAGUAAGUCAGCACCAGUGCAGUCUGGCUGUUGGGGCGAUGAACGCUUGCUCCACUAAGGUUUUGAAUAGUACUCACGGACCCUCCAUGCCAACACAUGCACAGGAGGGAAGCACAUGGGGGGAGGGUGUUAAACAGGCCUCCCUGCAGUUCCACCUUGUCCCCUACUAAAAAUAUUUGCUUGAAAUCUUCAACCAGGCAAGAACUCUGGGAACUUGUCUCUUUGGUCCCAAAGCAUUGACAGAAUCUGAAAGAAGAACUGAUAUUACUCAUUCUUAAACAUGUCUCUACACCAACCGCCUUGAAAUGUGCUGCUGGCAUCAAAUUCAAAAUACUAUUGUUCAUAGAAAGUUUUUUAAGAUUCAACAUUUGAUUUGUUGUCUUUGCUCUAUUUUCAUAAUAAAAAGGGCUUUAAUGAUUUUAUUGAAUGUUUAAUUUAAUGCUUUACAUGUCAUCCUAACUUUGCUUGCUGGCAGUGUAAUUAUUAGUAAUCACAGAAUUUGACUGUCAAAACAGAAUAUCAGGUGAUAUGAGUUCAGGCGAAAUACAAAAAAAUUGAUAACAAAUAAUUCUUAUCUUUAAUCUGAGAACAAUACCAAGAUAAUCCCCUCUGCAUUGAAUUCAGUCAAACACGCAAAGACAUGAUGUUUGUUGAUGUUUUUUUUUCUGCAGGAGAUAUUGUGGAGGAUGCAGUGAAGAACGCGCUGGGUCUCGGUGAUAAGGACAAAGACAAAGAUGAAGAUGAUAAGAAAGGAGGAAUCCUCUCAAUGUUUGGAGGUGACAAGGAUAAAGACAGAGACAAGGACAACGGAGGGCUUUUCUCUUUUGGAGAUGACAAGAAGAAGGAAGAGGAGAAGGGAGGGUUCUUCUCAAAAAUCUUUGACAAAGAUGACGAUGAGGACAAAGAUAAGAAAAGAGGAUUUGAUGGUCUCUUCAGCGAGCAGGGCGGUGCUGGAGGUGAUGGGGGACAAUCUUUAGCAGGAAACCAAGGAGGAGGUGGAGGAUUCAGCGGAGGGGCUAAAAUUCCAAGUACAGGAGUAAAUGAUGGAGGUACGUAUAUAGAGCUGUAAGGUCCAGAUAGACAAACAAAAGGAUCAGUUGAAAUACAUUUUUAAAAACAGGCGCCUUUAUUUAUUCUUCAGAUUUAAGUCCAUUGUUAGCUUCUUAACUUACUCAGAGAUUUACACCUAAACACAAAUGAAAGCAUCCUCUUAAAAGUGGAUGAGACAAAGGACAUUUUCUACAUAAACUACUUAAACUACCAUUUCGUGGAGAACAUUUUCUGCCAUUUCCACUCAAGACAGAUAUUUGACACUGAUUUUUUUACAACUAAAAGAGCCCCUCAGCUUUACUUGAGUGACACAUGGCAGUUUUGAGUUUUCACUCUUUUUGAUCCUAUACAAGAGCUGCUAUGAAGAACUUUUGGGUGUAGUUUGGUUCUUGUUUCCAUCUGUGUUGCUCCAUAUUCUGGAUAGUCUAAUCACAUCUUGGCAGCCUUUCAUGUAUUUGUUCAGUAACAUGUAGGGACUAAAAUCUGAUGGAAGACUCAACACUUAAACACAUGUGCUGAUAAAAGAAAACUUGGACUUACUGAGUUAGAAGUGUGUAAAAGACACUCGAUCUGACCCAAAAACUCUCAAAAUUAACUGCGUGCAACUCUGUGACUCCGCCCCCACAUAGUCGUGUCCUCUUUUUGGGAAGUCAGAGUAUGGUCACCCUAUUUUGUGACAGUUGACAUUCUCAAAAGUGUGAGUGCCAAUAAAGCCCAUUUGACCUGAAUUGAAAGUCUGUUAUAUUAGUGAUGGGGAGCGGGGAAGAGAGCCAAACUUAGCUAGCUUAAUUUGCAACUUUCUUUUAGGCUACUUUUAAUGAUUGCUGUAUCCUGAGACAGUGUUGGAGUAGCUGUGUGUCCUUUAAGCUCAGCUAAUGGGUCACAAUCCCUCCAACAUCUUUGUGAACCGACUCCAAAUGGUUCAGUUUUAACUAAAAGUAUCUUUACUAACAAUAAUGAUAACAACAUUUAAUGUUUCUACUUAACACAAACAGAAACGCCUAGCUUGUUACACACUUACAGAUACUGUAUUCAUAUUAAGAUAUCUGUUUACCGGAGAGGGUUGAAAAGCAAAGUUGGUGAUGAUUGAAUAACAAUGUUUUUACAUACAGCCAAAUGUCAUGACAGGUUGACUGAGCAACAAUAUUAAAAGCAAAAACAGAGUCACGAACACCCCCAGACCCUUAAAUAUUAAUAGCAAAUAACAGUCCGACUUUUACUAACUCUACUUGUAAUUGUCUGUCUGAAUGUCUUUUGUUGUGUUUCAGAUUUAUUCGAUAAUCUGAUGGAAGUGGCGGAGGAAACUGCUAAAGAAAAAUGA